GGGAAUUGCAGAGACUGAUGCAGGAACACUAGAAAGGAUAUUGCGAAAAUUGGAAAUGCAUCCUCAUAGAUGCUGUCAGCGAAUGUACACAAAGUGUCUACUUUAUAUCGAUAGCUGUGUGUGUUUGUGUGUAUGGAUUUCCUGUCGAAGCUUCUUUCUGGAUUGGAUUACUCCAUCUUUAGCUUGUUCUCCAUCCUUCUGGACGACACUCGGAUUAUGGCAGAUGGAGAGCUACUUGAAGUCAGCGCAGGCCGGCUGAAGGACGUCCCUGUGAAGGCUCAAGCCGGUUUCUUUGGAGGGAGCUGUGAUGCGAGUCUUGGCGGGACGCAGAAGGAUGACGUGAUACUGAGAGCCGUGAGCCUGAUUCUGCUGAAGUCACUAGAAGUCAACAUGCAAAGGAGCCCUGGGAACACUGAGGCAGACUGUAGUAGGACUCGAUCUGGAACGGAGCAGGAACAAGUUCAGACUGAACAUGCAUCUGAUUGUCUGUUAGGUAAUUCAUUUGUGCGAGUGCAGACGGCGUGUUCUGCCCCAAACACACCCUGUGGUACUGAGUCACUGCCUGUCCUUUGUCUUAUCAGGCUGAGUGAACCGCUGAUCUCGCCCUCACAUUGCUGCUCUAUCAGUUGCACAAUGCAAAUGAGGUGAGUCCUUAGGGCGCAGUUUUUGUGCGUGCAUGAGCGAACCCACCGAAUGCCUGUUCAGAGGAGGAAACAAGUCAAUUGCAAUAAAGCAGGGUGUGACGCAAAGUAUCUCAAACAAAGAGCAUUCCCCGUGGGCCUCCAGUCUCUCCAUGUGACACACUUUCCCACCGUCAGCAGCAAGACACUGACAUUACGCUGCGUUCAACCGCUGACAGGAAGCAAAGGUAAGCGUGCAGCUUUUCUUGACCUUGGGUGAAGUGGAAUGCCAGCGGUUGGGACUUAGCCAAUGCAAUUUGAGUUUUAAAUGGAGAAAACAUGAAGGACUUUUACUGAAGAUAUUUGGAAAGUGACUCUAAUGGAAAGUAGAGCUUGGGGGAACUUGUUUUUUGAGUUUUUAAGACUGGACAGUCUAUUUUUUUUGGACAUUUUUCUAACCUUAUUACAUUUUUAGGUUCACAGUGUGACCUGAUACUCAUUCUUCAGCAAUUGUCUUGAGCUUUAAACAAGACGAAUGGAGAAAAUCGCCAUCAUGAUUGGGACGAUUAGUGAGUGGUUUUGGUGGGACCGGCUGUGGCUGCCGGGAAACCUCACGUGGGCCGAUCUUAAAGACGGAGAAGGGUUCGUCUACGCCAGAGCAUCCCACCUCUACGCCACCGUGCCUUUUGCCAUAGUCUUCCUUGUAGUCAGAUACCUGUUUGAAAGGUUGUUAGCGACACCGCUUGCAGCUUUGCUUGGCAUUACAGAGAAACCCAGAUACAAAGUGGAGCACAACGCUGUUCUUGAACAUUAUUUCAGUACAAAGUCAAAACACCCCAGACAGGCAGAUGUUGAUGGCCUGUGCAAAAAAUGCAGCUGGUCAAGUAGAAAAGUGGAGCGCUGGUUCAGAAGGAGACGAAACCAGGACCGUCCUGGGGUUCUGAAAAAAUUCCGAGAGGUCAGCUGGCGAUUGGUGUUUUAUCUGACGGCGUUCGUUGGAGGAAUCAUAGCCCUGUAUGAUAAACCCUGGUUUUAUAAUUUGCGGGAGAUGUGGAACGGCUAUCCCAGACAGUCCAUGCUGGAUUCUCAAUACUGGUAUUAUAUUGUGGAGAUGAGCUUCUAUUUGUCACUAGUGCUCAGAAUAACCUUCGACGUCAAACGAAAGGACUUUAAAGAGCAGAUCAUCCAUCACUGGGCCACACUGACGCUCUUGGCUUUCUCUUGGUGUGGGAACUACAUCCGGGUCGGGACCCUGGUCAUGCUCAUUCACGAUUCCUCCGAUAUUCUUUUGGAGUCUGCCAAGAUCUUCAACUACGCCAAAUGGGAAAAAACGUGCAACGGCAUCUUUGUGGUAUUUGCUGCUGUCUUCAUAAUCACGCGACUCAUAAUCUUUCCAUUCUGGAUCAUUCACUGCACGUGGGUUUAUCCACCAGACUAUUACCCACCAUUCUUUGGAUAUUACUUUUUUAACUUCAUGCUCGUCAUCUUGUUAAUGCUGCACACAUUCUGGGCAUUUCUGAUUCUGCGUAUGGUGAAGAUGUUCCUUUUCGGAAGUUUAACCAAAGACGAGAGGAGUGACAAUGAAGAAGACGAUGAAGAAGAUGGGGAAACCAGUGUGACUGAGGACAAUGACAGACAUGUGAAAGUGACCAAUGGCUGUGGAGCAGGAGGCGGGGCUAAUCACCACUGACACCUCUUCUCUUAAACUGUGAAGGACUUUGAAUUGCCCUCAAGGGAUGCGAGGAGCCAGAAACAUACAUUUGAUUGAUCGUCCCGCAGAGAAUAUGUCAGAAACUUGUCAAAACAACUUGCAUCUUUUAACAACACUGAAAAAACAACACCCCCCCACCCCCACUUUGUUUCUCUUGAGACAACUUGCUGUGUAUCUUUUGGCUGCUUCAAAAUCUUUUUCCCCCUUUCAACUAAAAUUUUUUUUCAUUAUGGCUCAAGAUCACAUGGGUAAUUAUAAAAGAACACUGCGCAAAGAAAAAGAAACUGCUCGUAAGUUUUAAUAGACUCCUCAUUGUUUUUGAAGCUCAAAGAUCACGUCACACUGUCUGCUCUCAUUGUCUGGCAUCGUCCAUCGAGGCUUCAUCCGCCGUGCUGUUGAGUUUUACAUCAGCCUCUGCUGUCCAACACACUAAUCAGAUGAGAUCUCAAGGUUAUGUUCCUGCAAGUGAUUUUGAAGAAGAACAUCUACUUUCGUAUCACUUAACAGCAGAUGUUGCUUUCUUUCAUUUUAACUUUGUGUCUACAUUGGAGGAGUCCAACAUUGUUUGUUGAAGAAGUUCACACUGCUGAAGGUUUUUUUUUUUUUUUUUUUUUUUUUUUGUAAGGGCCAUUUUCAUAAACUUUUGAGUCUCUCUACUGCUGGUUUCAAGCUAGUAGGCAUUUCUAUGCUUCCUCUGUAUCUGCACUAUCAAUAGCAGUUGCUUCAUAGCAGUCUGCUCAGCUCAAAUCACCAGCUGUCAAUGAAAAUGAAGGACUUGCAGUAAGUCAGUAGACGCCCUUUCACACUGAGUUUACAGAUAAUACACGGGUAAUGUGUCCCGGCAAUUGUUCCCGGAUCGUUAGAUUUUGGUUCAUUCACACUGCCAGUGAUUUCCUGAAAUCUGCGUGCAUUCACACACAACCCGUAAAGGUACCGUAAUGACACGUGACAUCAGGAUGUGCCGUGUAAUGUACGAGUCAAAAACGCUAAGCAUGUUAACCAGGGAUGGGCGAUACCACAUAUUUUGUUUUCGAUAUGAUACUAUUACUUUUAAUUGCCAGUAUCGUCAAUAUCUAUACAGAUAUGAUACGAUACUUCUAAACUGAACAUUUAGAUUAUGAAAUGUACUAAUUAUUAUGACUACAAUAGGUGAUAAUACCUCCUUAACUUUAUAUUUGAAAUGCAUUUUAACAUUCAAUACGCCUUAAUUGCAACUUAAAAUAUGUUUACUGUAGUGGUAACCAAGGAAAUCUAAAAAUACUAUAGUUAAAUUAUGUUCACUUUACCAUGGUUCAUUGUCAUAAGAGACUGGCAGUAAUAGGCUGUUGCAUGCUUAAAAUGCAACCUUUUUAUUCGGAGAGUGUAUGAUUUACCGUAUUUUACGGACAAUAAGUCACACUUUUUUUCAUAGUUUGGCUGGUCCUGCGACUGAUAGUCAGUUGUGACGUAUUUAUCAAAAUUAAUUUGACAUGAACCGAGGGAAAUUAGCAACACAAGAGGGCGCUCUAUGCU